AUGGCUUCUUCAAGCAAUCAGACUUCAAAGAGGAUCCGCCCGGUGGCGGUGGUGGUUGGCACUCCACGCCAAGUUCAGCCACCACGCCCAAUGACUCCACCGCCGGUCCAACAAAAUGUUUUCGUGGUGCAGGAGCCACAGUUUGGAGAAAGGGAGGAAAUGAUGGGAGCAGGAGGGUGGUUUGAGCCGAUUGGACCUCAGAUGAUCCCGGAACCAAACAAUCCAGUUGCUCCGCCGAUGAUUGGGCCACAACAUCCGAUAAUUCAAGGGAUGAUGAUAAUCCCUCCACCAGCCAUUAUGAUUCAGUUUGGAAAACCACAAUCGGCAAUUCCUGCACCGCAUCGGAUGCAUCAAGCGUUUCCAGGAAACAAUCUUGUCCCGCCUCCAAUGGGACAGUUCCAUGGUCCGGCUCACCAUCUUGGACCACACCAGUUCUUUCAAGGACAGGCGCAAAUGUUCCAACCACAGCUGCAGUUUCAGCUAGUCUUCCAGCCUCCGCCCCCAGUUCAUGGUCCAAAUCAGAUGGUUCCGGGAAAUGGAAUGGCCAUGAACAUGGUCCCACGCCCACGCAGAGUUGGCCGCCCAGCGCGUAAUAUGCAACACGAUCAACAACAGGGCCGCUUGGAAAAUCGUGGAAACUCGCAUUGA